GGACAGGAUUCCUUAUAUUCUCUUAAUCACAUCUUCAAUAUGCAUCUCUCUACUGUGUCGUUUUUCCUGGCCCUUGCCAGUGGCGCCGUUGCCAAUCUGCACGACAUGGCAGUGUGCGUGGUUGAUCGUGAAGAAUACUAUGUUGCCCCCGUUGGCGGUAUCGGAACCAGCUACAGCUGGUCCAAAGACUACACGAUCGACACCACCGCGACCGAGUGCGCGUGCAACUACUACAAGGCGCGCAACACGGGCGACAAGCAGUGGGACAAGUGCCCCGAUUGCACCUUUGACGGAACCUACUGUAACUCUGCUGGGUGGCACAUUGGUGGCGACGAGAUGAACUAUUACUGCAAGGAUCUGUGCCAUGCAGAAGGCUCCGAGGCCAACUAGUUGAACGUCGGCGCUAUGUACUAUUAUAUAUGCUAAUUCUUAUGUUCAUGAUCAUAUUAGACGGUAUUUUGGCAUAUAAGAUAGGAGGGAUAAUAUACUGUAGUGUUUUGCCUUGACAAGACUGAUAAGGUAAAACAAGGAAUUAUAGAUAGUGAAGACAGACAAUGACAUAAUGGUACAUUCCUGCGAG